AUGGCCGGAAUACACUCACCAGAACAGCUCCGAAAAAUGCGACAGAUAUUCCUACAGUUCGAUCAAUGCGGCGAUUGCAACAUUUCGCACUCGCAACUGGGCGAAUGUCUUCGCGUACUGGGCUCCAAUCCUAGUGAGGCGAGCAUACGUCAGUACAUUCGGGAGUUGAUUGCAUCCUGUUACGAACGAGUUUCCUUUGACGAAUUUUUGCCAAUUUAUGAUUGCAUCAUGUCACGGUCUACAGCUCAUCAGUUUGGAGCAGACACUGCCUUCAAUAACGAACAGUUUAAAUCCGGUUUGCGCUUUUUCGAUGAGCAUAAGACUGGAUAUAUAUCAGCAGACAGGCUCCGACGUGUCCUAACAACGAGUGGUGAACGUCUUACCGAAGUGGAGGUGAACGAUUUAUUGGAAAAUCAUGUGAAUGAUCAGGAUUUGGUGAACUAUGAGGAGUUCGUGAAUGCAAUCACCAAGAGCUAA